AUGGGAAGGAAGGGGAAGGGAGGAAAAAGAGGAAAGGGGAAGAGGGAAGGAGGAAGACGGAGGAAAGGGACGAGGAAGAGGGAGGGAGAGGAGGAAGUAGAGAAAAAUUUGGACUUGAUUCGAAGAUGUUUCCAAGAAGCUUUGAAUGCGUUGCGGUCCAGAGAGGAGAAGGUGGAUACAGUUCAAGAAUUGGUCAGAGAAAGUUCAGAAAAACUCAGUUCGAUCCUAGAGUCGCUAGAGAAGCUGCUCAAGCAAGUUGAGGAGAAGGAGAAAGCGGAGAGAGAGUCUAAUUUGUUUCUGAAAAAUGGGUUUAAAAAAUUGGAACUCAAGAAUAAGGAACUAAGUUUGUAUCAAGAGGAUGCUAUGGUUAGAAUAGAGAAAUUGCAGGAGGAAGAGGAGCUGAUACAAGGGCUCUUUGAGAGGAUGGAAAUGAAAGGGAAAGAAUUAGAGACCGCCAGGAAAUCCAUUGAUGAAAGUUUAGAGGAGAUCACAAGACCAGGGAGGGAAGACUGGAGAGACUUAUGA